GUCUGCGGGACUAUAAAAGUCCUCGGCCUUCGCUGCGGCUCAAGCGUCUGCUGACUCCCAGCACCGUGCUGCCGCCGAGCAGGAUACCGCCAUGGCCGCUAAAAAGUCUCCCGAGGAGCUCAAGCGCAUUUUCGAAAAAUACGCAGCCAAAGAAGGCGACCCGGACCAGCUGUCCAAGGAGGAGCUGAAGCUUCUGGUCCAGGCGGAGUUCCCCAGUCUGCUCAAGGGUGCAAGCACCUUAGACGACCUCUUCAAAGAACUGGACAAGAAUGGCGACGGGGAAGUCAGUUUCGAAGAAUUCCAACUGUUUGUAAAAAAGUUAUCCCAUUAAAGAAGGAUCUGGAAAGCAGAAGGCCAGGACUCCAGCCUGUGCGGAAGCCACACUGCCUCGGGCUGAGUUCUUUACAGCUGUGUGACCCGGCCCAGUUAUUAUCAAUAAAGAACUUUGCAGACUGCUGCCCUUGUUGAGUACUGACUGUCAGAAUUCAUCCAGUAGAUUCCAGGGGAGAGGAAGGGGACGCGGA